GCCUGGCGCCAUUGCUCUCAGCUGUCAGCAGCAGGACACAAACGCUCACGCAUGAACACACAGUCACACCAACACAUACACACAGGAGGGAGCGAGGUGCUGUCUCCAGUAAUCCAGUGAUAUACACUUCUCAUUAUUACUGCGUCUCUCAACACUCCGCCAUUCACGGCUCUGAGUGACCAGAGGACCUCCGUAGCCGUCACAAUGAGUGUGGAAACAUUAAGUCCGGGAUGGUUCGAUGCGUUCCGCUGGCGACCCUUCCCAACGCUGUAUACUGAGCUGAAGACACCAGUGAUCGAGGACAUUUUAUACGUGGGCUGGCUGGUGGCGUUCCUCAUUGUCUUCAUCCCUUUUCUUUUCUUCAUCAUCCCCACCAUCAGUGGGAGCAAGCAGAAAUUCUGGGUUUUCCUGCGAGUUACUCUCAGCCUGACACUGGGAUUGAUCAUCAUGGUGUGUAACUUCGGGCAGGAGUGGGAGGUGGGUCAGCUGGACACCCACACGCCCUACCGUGCAGGCACGGGACAAGAGAUCAACGCAAGAGUUGGCAUCAAGCUGGGCCUCCGCUCUGUUAACAUCACUCUCAAAGCCUUGGAGGAGCCCCAUGGCGACCUGCACGGUGAAGUCAUCAACUACAACGAGAGGUUCUCCUGGGAGUGGGCUCAGGGUCGCGCUGGCUUCGGUCCCUUCGCGGGAGCGAUUCAGCGAAACUUCCGGGCAGCUCAGCAUCGUGGAACUCCGCUGCCAAUCUUGUGGGUCGCUGAGUACUUCACCUUUGACGGGGAAGGCAUCCGCUUCGGCCGGUACUACCGCACCUCAGGCUGGUACUCCCACAUCUGUAUCUGGACUGCAUUUCCACUGUGGAUCCUGACAGUGAUCCUGUUCAAGUUGACAAUCUCCUACGCUGCCCAGAUGCUGGCCCUCACUGGUUCAAUGCUCACCUGCGCUGCUCUCAUCUGGGCAGGCAACAGAAACUUCAUCGAACUCGAGGUGCCCUUCUCUCCACCGAACGGGAUCCUUAGGACAGUGUACGGUGUCCACUGGUACCUCGCACUCUUUGUCGGGAUCCUUUGCAUGAUCUUGGGUGCUGUAUUGUUCAUGCUGGACUACCGUUACCACAACGAGCUGAGUGAGUUCUUUGGUAACAAUCCACUGAUGAUCGUGGAGCAGGAAACCCUGGAGGAGACGGAGCAGCCAACAAGCAACAAUGAGAUGGAAAUGGAAAGCAUGAAUCAAGCAGGUGUGUCAAAGGGUCGUGUGGUGACACUGUUGCGUGGUCGAGGUACUACCAAGAGAUAUAACAAGAAGGUGACUUAUUCCAGCUACAGCAGCCAGGCCUUCCCUCCUAGCGCACCUCUCCGUAAUCGUCUUCUUGUUCCUGAUUAUCAAGUAUCUCAGGGUGAGGGUCAAACUUACGACCAGAACACAGCAGCCUACAGCUACGGCCAGCAGCAACUACAAGCAAACACCUACCCACAGCCCUACCAGCAGGAGUACCCACAACUCUACCAACAGGAGUACCCACAGCCCUACCAACAGGGUGACCAACAACCCUACCAACAGGAGUACCCACAGCCCUACCAACAGGGUGACCAACAACCCUACCAACAGGACUACAGUGAUCAGGGGUAUGGAGUACCCGCCUACCCAGCUCCAGGAUACCAACAGGAUGAUAAUGAGGAUGACAUCUACAUUAACACAGCUGAGCCAGUUGCACCACCUCGCCCACCCAAACCAGCAGGACUUUACUAAUACCAACUCACCUUCCACCACCACGUGCUCUCAUAACACCAAACCAGCAGGACUUUACUAAUACCAACUCACCUUCCACCACCACGUGCUCUCAUAACACCAAACCAGCAGGACUUUACUAAUACCAACUCACCUUCCACCACCACGUGCUCUCAUAACACCAAACCAGCAGGACUUUACUAAUACCAACUCACCUUCCACCACCACGUGCUCUCAUAACACCAAACCAGCAGGACUUUACUAAUACCAACUCACCUUCCACCACCACGUGCUCUCAUAACACCAAACAAGCAGAACUUUACUAAUACCAACUCACCUUCCACCACCACGUGCUCUCAUAACACCAAACCAGCAGGACUUUACUAAUACCAACUCACCUUCCACCACCACAUGCUCUCAUAACACCAAACCAGCAGGACUUUACUAAUACCAACUCACCUUCCACCACCACAUGCUCUCAUAACACCAAACCAGCAGGACUUUACUAAUACCAACUCACCUUCCACCACCACGUGCUCUCAUAACACCAAACCAGCAGGACUUUACUAAUACCAACUCACCUUCCACCACCACGUGCUCUCAUAACACCAAACAAGCAGAACUUUACUAAUACCAACUCACCUUCCACCACCACAUGCUCUCAUAACACCAAACCAGCAGGACUUUACUAAUACCAACUCACCUUCCACCACCACGUGCUCUCAUAACACCAAACCAGCAGGACUUUACUAAUACCAACUCACCUUCCACCACCACGUGCUCUCAUAACACCAAACAAGCAGAACUUUACUAA